UGCGGACAGGCGUCUGUUUCCUUGUGUGCCAUCCACCACCAAGUUUACACAUAGUGACCUCUUUAGACUCAGAGACUCAGCUGUGCUUUCAAGCUUGCUCGAUGAAUCCUUCUCGGAAGAAGCCCUUUGGGACUGGGUGGCUAAGGCGAAACCGCUCGAAUCCUCAUUCCCCAGUGGGGAGCGAAGCCAGUGAAAUUGAAACGUCCUCUUUCCCGCCUUCACGGGAUGAAUCUCCCGGAAAACCUCCAGGGCUGUUUCGAAAGUUGUGGGGCAAGGCAAACAAGCGUUCAGCUCGAAGCGCUCGACAGUCAUCAAACCCUGAACCCGCGGUUGCAAGUUCCAGCGCACCGGAUCUCCUACCGACUCAGACCACUCAGAAUCCUUCACCACUCACUGCUCCCACUCACACUCCCACUCCCACUCCCGAACCGAAUCUUGACCAGCCUUCCAAUUCAGGCAUUCCGAAGGCCGAGCAACCUGACCCAAAGUCUGUGAAUAAAAGAAUCAUUGAUGCCACCAAAGGCGUUGCAGGCAUGAAAAACGUCCCCGUAAUGGCCCAAAAUGCUGCUUCGCAAACAAACAACCUGCAGUCCGUUCCCGAUACGAUCGACACGUUCUCCGCGAUACUUAAACCCUUGAAGGCAUUUAACUCAAUCGCUAAUGUCCUUGCAGACGCCCAUCCCUAUGCAAAGGUGGCAUUGAGCAUCUUCACUUACGCAUCCCAGAUGAUUCUCGAUCAGGCAGACCGCGAUGCUGCUGUUUCUGGUUUGCUCUCGAAGAUCUCUGAGGUCUAUACUUUCAUCACGGAAGAGGAGGCGUUGGCCAGUGUUCCAUCCAUGCCAGUGAUUUAUGGGAAGAUAGCGCGACAGACGCUAGAGUGCGCGGAUUUCAUCGCUCAUUACUCUGAGACGACGAGCGCCUGGAAAAGACUUGGAAAGCAUGCCUUCAAAGAAACUCAGGCCGCGAUCGAAAGUUACAACGAGGUUCUCGACAGUCUCAUGCAGCAAUUCCGAGACAGAGCCGCUCGCGACACACUUGUGAUUGUCCACCAUAUGGGUAAGAGUCGGCCUUCAGGUCUCGUUGAGCCGUAGCUGACAUUCUACUACCUGUGACAUAGCCGAGACUCUGGACCUCGUCGACUUAUUGGACUGUGCAGCGGGUGCCGGAGUCAAUACGUCUAAAUGUUGUCUGCCAAAUACUCGGCAAGAACUUCUGACGGAUAUCAAGAGUUGGGUCAGCAGCACCGAUGAGGGUGCCUCACGCGUCUUGU